AUGGGGUAUCCAGACACUUUCGAGGGCUUCUGCGUCGAUUCACCCAAGACCUGGAACAAGUUUUACAAGCAUGAGUUGAAGCCCAAGCCUUUCGAGGAGAACGACAUCGACGUCAAGAUCGAGGCGUGCGGAGUUUGCGGGUCCGGUGUUCACACUCUCACAGGCGGAAGGGGCGACUUUGAGGGUCCCCUGUACGUCGGUCAUGAAGUAGUCGGCCGCGCCGUCAAAGUAGGAAAAAAUGUCAAGAACAUCCGCGAAGGCGACAGGGUCGGGCCGGGCAAGAAGGUGGCCGUCGUCGGGCUCGGCGGCCUCGGGCACCUGGGCCUGCAGUUCGCCGUGGCCAUGGGCGCCGAGGCCUACCUCAUCACGCACCCGCCCCGGAAGGCCGAGGACGCGCGGACGCUCGGGGCCAAGGACGUCAUCGCCUUCACCUUCAACUUCUUCCUCAACACGGCCGACGCCCUGGACCAGUUCGACCUGGCGCAGUACUUUGGGACGGUGCGGGUGGGCGGCCAGUUCCACACCGUCGGGAUCUCGGACAAGCCCUUCCCGGAGCUGACGGCGUUUGCCUUUGCGUCUAACGCGGCUAAGCUGACGGGCAGUCACUUGGGGAAUCACCAGGAGAUGGACGACAUGCUGAAGCUCGCGGCGGAGAAGAAGCUCAGGCUGUUACGGGACCAGACCAAGACCAUCGAUGUCUCCGAGGAUGGCUGUAGGGAGGCGGUGGAGAAGGUCAAGAACAACGACGUCCGGUAUCCGUUCACGCUGGUGAACUUUGACAAAGCUUUUGGCAGCCGUUGA